AUGACUUGGGUUUCUACUGAAUCCUUUUUGAAAGGUAAAAUCAUUAAACCUUUUUUACCAAAUGAUAAGCACCCAAACUUAAAAAAUCCUCAUUUUCAACAUUUGUAUCCAGGAGACCAAGUAUUAAUUUUUGAGAUUAAAGAUUCAAAAUGGGCAAGAGGUUAUGUAUUCAAAAAUCCAAUGCCUCAUGAUUAUGUUACUUCAUCUUUUAAUUUAAACGCUAUACCGGUUCAAAAACAAGAAAUCUCAAUUUUUCCUUUGAAAUAUGUUAAAAUUGUGAAUGAAUUUCCAUUUCCAAAAUUACAAAUUAACGAAAAUUUUAAUAAUAUUGUUGAAACUAAUCAAAUUCCUUCAAUUAAACAAUCUGAAUUAAAUCAUCAUGAUGCUGUUGGUACUAAUCAAGAUUUCUCCGGAGCUGAAAACUCAUCGCCAAUUCCUCCUUUACCAAUAAAUUUAGAUGAUAAUAAAAAUUUAUAUGAUGAAAUCAAAUAUUCUUUAGAAUUGUUAACUUCGCAGAUCUUUGCAUUAUAUUCAAUGGGAGAAUUUAAAUUGUUUAAUAAAUUAUCAACCAUUUAUCUUGACUUAUAUGAAACAAGAACAAAACUAAUGUAUGAUUUAUUGACAAAAGAAGAAACUCAAAUUGCAAGGGAAACUGCUAUUUUCUUGUUAAACAAGAUCCCUAAAAAAUUAGCCUCAAAGCCGGCAAGAGUUAAUUUAAAAUCUUAUGACUUAGAAAGUGAUGGUAAUGAUGUUGCAGGUUAUAAAUCAAUAUUAUCGAGAGAUUCAAACACUGGAGAAUUAUUAAAUUUGGAAAAUUCAAUACCUUCAAGAAUUGCAUUAAAUAAUGAAUGUGAAGCAUUAGUUCCAAAAUUUCCAAUCAAUGCUCAUAAUAACGCAUAUUCUUAUUCUUUAAAGCCGCCACCAAAUAAGAGAUUUAAUCAUGAACCACCAUCUCAUAUUUUAGUUGACUUUAAAUCAGUUUCUGGUUCGUCUGGUUAUUUACCUCCUGGAUUUUCAGGUACCACUGCUUAUAUGUAUAUAAGAAACUCCAAUAAGAGGUUAACUGAAGCAUUUGCGGUCCACACAGAUUCAGUUGAUGAUUUAGUUCAUGUUGAAAAAAUUUCAGCUGCAAUGUUUAAAAAUUUACCAUCAACUGAAAUUAUUGGUAACAGAGUUUAUUUAGUUGCAGUUUUAACUGAAGAAAUUGAUUUAAAUUUAAAAACUCAAACUAACCCAGCACCAACUUUGAAGAAAGUGAAGAAGGGAAUUGCAGCAGGUGUAGCUGAUAUUACAAGAAUUUUUUCACAAAAUGAAGGGUCCUUGACUUCUGGUGAAGCUCAUAAUUUCUCAAUUAAACUAUUUGGUUCUUACUUGAACAGAAAAGGUGCUACUAGAGGUACCUCCGACAUUAAUUCAGAUAACAAUGGAUGGGGAGAAUUAGUUGACAGAAUUAUUUCUGGUUCAAGUCAUGGAAUUGCAGUUAAUCCAAGAGCUGAGAAAUUAGUUGUUACAGUAAAAGAGUUUAAACAUCAAUUUAAUGGUAAUUCAACAGAUCAAAUUUCAUUAACUGCACCAAUUGCAAGAAUUAAACCUAUCUUUUAUGAUCCAUUAGCUGAAAAUUAUGAAAGAAUAUAUUUAAAAAUGGGUAAAGUUAGCUUGUUGAAUAGUAAUUUGAAAGAAGACUUAUUAACUUUUGAAGUAAGCACCCCCAAUAAUGAGUUAAUCACUUUUGCCAAAGCAUCAAAUCAACAAGAAAAGAGAUAUUGGCAAUUUAUUUCUGUUUUUCCAGGAGAAGUUAUUGGAGAAAUUGUUAAAGUUAACAAUGUCGCAAUGAAAAAUAAAAAAACAGCAGUUGAAGAUCAUAUAGUAUUAAGUCUUUUUGUUAAUGGAGUUUUACUUGGUGAAGGUAAGUUAUUAUAUAAAUCAGGAAACAGAUUAGUUGAGUACAACAAGAGAAAAACUCAUACUAUCGAAAUCAAAACAACUGGUCAAAAUCUUCCAAUUGCUCAUAUUGAAUUAAGCACUGAAUACGUUGGUAAAAUUUAUAAUUCUGAUGUUGCAAUUGAUAAUUUAUUUAAAUAUGAAAAUUUAUUCAACCAAGGUAUUAAUGGUAUCAACUCAUUAUCAAAUUCUUUAAAUUCAUUUACGAAAUUGGAUUUAUCUCAGGUAGUUAAAUAUUUCCCAGAAUUAUUGACUUCCUUAUAUGGGAUGGUUGAUGUUUCAAAUCAUCAUACAGGAAAUGACUUUGUCAUAUUAAGAGAUAAUAUUUUCAGAGCUAUUAUUCAUUUAUUGGAUACCUUAUUUGGUAAACAAGAUCAAUAUCUUUAUUUAGUUGAUGACUUUUUAUCAAAAUUCAAAAGACUGGAUGUUGUUGGUGUAUUUCUAUUAGAUAAAUUAGCUGAAGUUUUCAAUGACGCAAAUUCAAACUGGACUGCAUUAUCUAGAGCUGUCUGUAGAACAAUGUCCAUAUUAAUGAGGUUAGCCAUUGUUUCGUUAAGCUCAAAUCAUCAACGCGAAGCUUAUUUUAAUUCAAUUAAUGGAUUAUUCAAAGCUAUUGCUUAUUUUUUGUCAAUUGAAUCCCCUGGUUUAAUCGAUGAUCAAGUUUUGAUAUUAGAUAUUAUUGAUUAUGUUUUUGCAUUUAGAACUAAUAUGGAAGAUUCUAAAAUUUUACAGUUAAUGAUUAGCUUUAUCAAUACAUUGGGACUUCGUGGUGUUGGAGCUGAUGAAUUAAAUUAUGAUGGUACUGCUAAAAACAAAAACAAAGAACAUAAAUUAGUCAUUAGUAAGCUAUUAUUAAUUUUAAGAUUAUUGAAUACUUCUUUGGUUGAUAACAAGGAAACAAGAGGUAAAUUAAUUCCAAUGUCAAUUCAAUGGGUUAUGGAAAUUUUAUUAGGUCCAACUGAUGUGGAAGCAACAAGAUUAGGUUGUAGUAUUAUCAAUGCAGUUUGUACAAUCAUGUGGGAAAAAAUCUUACCCUAUGAAGAUGAAGAUGAUUUAGAGUUAUGCUUCUCAUUAGCUAAAUUUCUACCACCAAUGUCAAGAACUUUCAUCAAAUAUAACAAAUUUACAAGAGGAAAUGAAUUUUUUAAGUCAAAAAGAACAUUUACUCAAUUGUUUCCAGUUACUUACCCUUUUAACACUUUCACAAUUGAUCAAGUUGUUAAUGAUGAAGUAAUGGUUGAAGUUUUGGUGGAGUUAGCUAUUUGCUUCUGUUUUAUUGCCAGAGUUGGUAAAGCAGCAGCUGGAAAUACAGGUUAUGAUAAAAUUUUGAACACACCAUUGAAAAACGAUUUUUUCAAUGCUGAUAAAUAUACUGCAAGUAAUUUUCAAAGUGAAGAUUUAUUGACUGUAAUUUCUGGUAUAAAAUAUUUAAGACAAGGUAAAUAUUUUCCAGAGGAUAAAUGGUUAUCAUUAUAUUCAGUUAUUACUGAUGGUUGUUUGUGUGCUAUGGAAUUGAUUAGACCAUUAAUUUUAACUUAUCAAUUACCGCCCAUUGAACACGCUGAAGCUUUUGAUAGAAUUUUAUGGGGCAACUACUUGAAAACAUUAUUUAAGUUAGCUGUUUUACCAGUAGUUGCAGUUGAACAUUUGUCAACAGUUCCUAAAAAGGCAUGUGCUAAUAUAACGAAUGAUGUUAGAAAUCGUGCAGCUUUUUUGAUUAAUGAAGCUUGGGAUUCAUUAGCUUGGGAAUCAACUGAAGAAGACGUAAUUAGAUUUAGUUUGAAUAAAUUUGGUGGUUACCAAGUUGAAUUUAUUAAUGAAGAAUAUGGUAUAAUUGGUGAAUUAAUGAUUUUUGGAUUACAAAGAAAUGAAGAAUGUCAAUCAGUCGCUGUUAAAAUAUUAUGGUCAAUGAUCAUUUCAGAAUAUAUUUUAAGUGAAAAUCUAAGAGAAGUAGAAAAACAAUGUUUAUUAGGACUUUAUGAAAUUUAUCAAAAAGUUGGUUAUAAGCCGACAAAAGAAGAUAUGGAUAGUUUUAUUGAAAGAUUAAAGGCAACAAUUAGAUUAGAUAGAGAAGAUGAAGCUUUUAAUGUUAUUUACGGUUUUAUCAAAAGUCUUUCAGCUUUCUGUACAACUUUAACUUACUACUCAAGUGUACCAGUUGGACCAGAGUUUGACGAAGAUAGAGCUUUCCAUAAUGUUAAAUUAAGAGCACAAAUUAAAACCGCUGGUAAACCUGAAUUAUUUAAUUCGUUCAUAAAUACCAUGUAUGAAUAUAAUAUUACCAAAAAUGAUUUUGUUCAAGCAGCAUUAAGUUUAGAAUUAUUAGCUUCAACUUAUGAUUGGGAUCACAAUAAAAUAGUCCCAUCAAGUUAUAGACCAAAAUUCCCAGAACAAACGUCAUUUGAAAGAAAAGAAUUAUUAUAUAAAAUGAUCGCAAAUAAUUUUGUAAAGGGAAAUAGUUUGGAAAAAGCAGCUGAUACCUUCAAUGAACUAUUAGACUCAUAUAAUGAACAUACUUACGAUUUGAAGAGUUUUGCUUAUGUUCACAACAAGUUAUCUCAAUUAUAUUUAGAUUUAGAAUCUUCAGAUAAAUUAGAACCUUCAUAUUUUAGAGUUGAAGCGAUUGGUACUGGAUUCCCAAUGUAUAUGAGAGUAAUUUCACAAAUUUAUCAAGGGUUGCCAUUUGAACAUAUUACUUCAGUUCAUGAAAGAUUAUUGAAAGUAUUUCCUGGUGCUUUAAUUGUUAGUGAAGAUAGUGAAGCUCAAAAAUUGAAAGAUCAAGGAGCAAUUGGAAGAUUUAUCCACGUCAAAGCAGUUGAACCAGUUUCAGAAUUUUCAGAUAAAUUAUUUAAUACAACUUUAGGUGUACGUCAAUAUGCAAGAAACAAAGAUUUAAGAUUUUUCACAAGUUUGAAAAAGAUUCCUGGUUCAACUUCAGUUUUUGAUUUAUGGACUGAACAAACUACUUACGAAGCUUGGUUAUCUUUCCCAACAUUAAUGAAUAGAUCAUUUAUAAAAGGUUCUAAAACUAUACGAUUAUCACCAAUCGAAAAUGCUUUACGUACAAUCUCCAAAAGAAAUGAUGAUUUAAUUACUUUGGAAAAUUUGAUUAAUGUUGCAAUAAAAGAUAAAACUGAUUAUUCAGAAUAUUUCAAUGAUUUAUCAAGACAAUUGAGUGGAACUGUAGAUGCACCAGUUAAUGGAGGUGUUAAUCAAUAUAGAUUGUUUUUCACUGAAUCAAAAUAUCAAAGUAGUGAAGAAGAUCAUAAUAAAGCAAAAUUAUUAUCAAAAGCUUUCAAAGAUUUAGCAAUCAUUUUAAAUCGUUGUUUAAUAUUACAUGGUAAACUAAUUCCAACAACAAUGAAAAUGUCUCAUAAUGCAUUAAUUGAAUUAUUCCAAAAGAAUUUUGCUAUUGAAAUCGAUUCAUUAAAAUUGUCAAUGGAUGAAUCACCAAGUCAACAACCAACAGCAGCUUCAAGAGUUUCAGUAUUCCACGAUAAAAGAUCAAAUUCAUCAAUGCUCGGAGAUAGAUCUUCUGCAAGUACUUAUAAUUACGCACAGUCUCAAAGAACUUCAUCAAUCACUGGUUCAUCAAUUGCAGGAGGUAUUGGUUCAACAAUUUCCACAACUACUGCAAGAUUAUUUAGAUCAAAUACUAAUUCUUCUACAAAUUCAAAUAAAUCUAAUGGAAGAUCAGAAAAUGGAAGUAAAUUUACAUCAAAUAGUUAUUCACAAAACAAUAAUUUGAACAGUAGUAACAAUAGUACAAAUAAUGGAUCAAUUCAACAAAGUAUUGGUGGUAAUUCUCAAUUUACAAAUUUAAAUCAUCAAAGAAGCAUGCUCGACGGUGCUGGUAAUAAUGGUAAUAAGAAAGCAAAACCUUCAGGUAUUCUGAAAAGUACUGCCAUAAAUGGUUCAUGGUGA